AUGGGACAGGUAAAGAGUCAGUUUAGUGAAGAUGAGCUUCAGGAUUAUGAAGAUUUGACAUACUUUACGAAGAAAGAAAUUUUGUACGCACACAAGAAGUUUAAGAAUCUCGCCCCUGAGAAAGUGGGACACAACAAGAAUGCGAAGCUAUCGAUGAGCAAAGUUCUGGAGUAUCCAGAACUGAAGGCCAAUCCCUUCGGAGACAGAAUCUGCAAGGUGUUUAGCUCGAGCAACGACGGCGAUAUAACGUUCGAAGAUUUUCUUGACAUGAUGUCCGUGUUUUCGGAUGCUGCACCGAAAUCGGUGAAGGCUGAGCACGCCUUCCGCAUCUAUGAUUUUGAUGGAGACGAUAUGAUCGGUAGGAACGAUCUGAAGCAAGUCAUUCAACGACUGGUGGAUUACAAUUCCGAUCUUGGGCAUAGCGAUAUUGAUCAGCUCAUCAAUAACAUCCUCGAAGAAGCUGAUUUAGAUGAUGAUGGUGCACUGUCGUUUGCUGAAUUUGAGCACAUUAUCGACAAAUCGUCUGAUUUCAUAAAGUGACACAAGCACGCACAUUACUCAAACAAAUGUUCGAAUGUACUACUAGCGCGAAACAUAUAG